AUGCCUUUGAUGAAGCUAAAUCCCAGAUUAUUUUCAAAAUACCAAUAUUUUGACUCCAGGGGGAUGUUCAUUUCCUUAGUAUUUUCGGCACCACUGCUGUUCAAUGCCAUGAUCAUCGUGAUCAUGUGGGUGCAUAAGACUUUGAGUGUGAUGACAGACCUGAAGAGCUUGCAAGAGAAGAGAAAAGAGAAGGGAAGGAGGAGGAAAGAAGAAUGACACGGUGGCAGCCACCUCGGGUCAGGUCCCCUCCACCUUGUUGUCUCUGGUUGGGGCACCUGCGGCACAGGCCCUCUCAGCAGCUGACUC